UCUGGCACCGAGUGUGUCAGUUCUCAGUUGGAUCUUGAAAACAAAAGUAAAUAGCGAGUGUAGUCCGCAGUGACAGUUAUCGGUGCUUUGCUCAUAUUGCAUUUAAUUUACACAUAAUAAAAAUGUCUCUUUUACCUUUAUUAUUGGAUGAUUUGCGACCCCCUCGUCUGGUGGACCAACAUUUCGGGCUGGGUUUGACUCCGGAUGAUCUUCUGAGCGUUGUCGCUGGUCCUCUCGCCCUCCGGGAUUACUACAGACCCUGGCGUCACCUAGCAGCCGCGACUCGCGACCUUGGCUCCAGCAUCAAGGCCGACAAAGAUAAAUUCCAGGUGAAUUUAGAUGUCCAGCAUUUCACUCCUGAGGAGAUAACCGUUAAGACAGCAGAUGGGUACAUCGUGGUAGAAGGAAAGCACGAAGAGAAGAAAGAUCACCAUGGAUACAUUUCUCGUCAGUUUACUAGACGGUACGUGUUGCCAGAGGGCUGUGUUCCGGAGUCAGUUGAAUCUCGUUUGUCAUCUGAUGGCGUGCUGACCGUUAUUGCUCCAAGGAAGGUGCCAUCAGCAGUGCAGGGUGAAAGAAACGUACCAAUUGCCCAAACGGGGCCUGUUCGGAAGGAGGUUAAUGCUCAGGCGAACGGCGACAAAGCUGAAUAAUGCAUUUCGUUUGUAAGUUUGUGAAAUUCCAUUUCUGUAAGACUGAUAUAAUUUUCUGUUUAAUAAUAAACAAUUUGUGUUCUU